UCGACCUCGCCGUGAACACUACGCGCUCUGGUAGUGUCUAUCCAUUAUAUUUGUCUAUCUAUCUAUAAAGUGUGGAGAUCCGAUCCAAACAGAAUGGCCAUCCGUUUUACGUCCUUGCUCGCGGUCGGUUGCGUGCUGCUGGUGUCCGGUGCAGUGUCUGGGGCUGCCAUCGAGGGCAAUGCGGUCACUCCGCGCAUCCACAGCUCCGAUGAGCUGAUCUCGACCAUUGUGGAUAAGUGCUUCCAUGCCAAUGCCAUGCAUUGUCUCAAGGAGAAGGUGCUGACCUAUCUGGACACGAUGGCCCAUGUGGAGGAGGAGGUCAGUGGCCGUGCCUUCGAUGACGAUGUCAUCGACAAGGUCAUCGUGGAUCGCAUUGGCCGCAUUCUGCACUCCAACGAGAUGCGUCUCCAGCUGCCAGAGACCUUCUUCGCUGGCUCCGUGAUGACCUAUCGCGCUGAUCGCGGCUUCGAUCUGGAGCUGCCCAAAGAGGAGGGUCGCGCUGAGAAGAAGAACAAGGACAAGCUCUUCCUGCCUCUGCUGCUGCUGAUGAAGCUGAAGCUGAAGGUGGUCAUGCCCAUUCUGCUGGCUCUGAUCGGCCUGAAGGCCACCAAGGCUCUGAUCCUGUCCAAGAUCGCCAUCAAGCUGGUGCUGGGCUUCCUCAUCUACAAUCUCAUCCAGAAGCUGGGCGGCAUGAAGAUGAACAUGGUGCCCAUGCCUGCCCCGGCCAUGGAAUACGGUGUGCCCAGCACCACGGCCUCCUCGUACGAUCCCAGCAGCUGGGAGCCCAUGAACAGCGGCCCCUAUGCCCGUUGGGACUCGCAGAACCUGGCCUACAGCUCCUACCAUCCCAGCAGCUCCUCCUCCUACUCGUCCGGCUCCUCGUCGAGCUCCUCCCCCAGCUCCUCGUCCAGCUACAGCUCCUCCUCCUAGAUCAGGCGCCAAGCCCAACGCCCCCCUGCCGCUUUAUGUGUACAUACCAUACAUACCAAGGAAUACCGAGGAUGCCAUCCCGUCCGAGCACAAUCCGGAGGGUGGCUCCGCGAGUCAACAAACAGACCAAAUGGAAACGGAACAUGCCUAGGCCAUAGUUUUAGUUGUUUAAGGUGAAGCAUGCGAGGGAGUUUUUAGCCAUUCUUCAGCUGCCCCACAGACCACUCCAUCCCCCACCCACAUAGCCACUGCCCAGCCCCACUUCUACUCCUCUACUU